GGAGGUCAGCAGGGGGAGCCCUCACACCCUACCACUCCUUGUCAAUUGUGGACCCAACAGGAAGAGACAGACCAUGCCAGACGAUACUCCGUUUUUAAAUAUCCCAGCAGGAGGAAGAAAGACUUUCUUACAGCCCAGCCAAUGAGAGACUGUCACAACUCAGCCAAUGAGAAGCCACUACACUUCAAACUCUGUUUAUUCCAAUGGACUUUUUGUUUAUAACAGCCCCUCCCGACCUGUCCUCUUCCUCCCUAAAGAUUUCCUCUCCUUUGUUCUGUGGAUUUGCCUCUGUCUUGCAGUAGCUUGCUUGGUGCAGAUUGCAAUUCUCUACUAUUCUUUAAUGAACCUGUUUCUGCUGCAUAUUAUUUUGCUGAAUCAUUAAAUAUAUUCAAAUGAUAUUGUGUUGGAUUAAGGGGAUUUAAUGCCUAACCUCACUUCUUUGUCGGCCGGGGACCAGACUGCAGCUGAGAGUUUAUUGAGUAGGGGAUCAAGCAUCUCACUAAGCACCUUCCCAGGAAAGAGGGACUGAAGGAUGGAAACUGAAAAUGAAAAGAUCUGCUUUGUUUUCCUUAAACUGCUGAUGAGCCAGACAGAUGUUUGCCUGUAAGUGAUGUGAACCUAUUUAAUCUACUAAAACAAACCACACCAUAUUGAAGGCAAUGCCUCUCUUUUUUCCUUGAAACCUUCUACGUGGCACUCUGUUUACUUUUAAAGAGCCACAUGAGGAAACAAUACUGAUAAUAAUAUUGGUUGCGUCCAUCUACAUUCCUUUCUUUUGGAAGAGAUGAUCCUGGCUUCCCAGUUGGUCUUCCUCACCUGUAUCUGGAUCACACGGACGCCAGAUGUUUUUGCUGCUUCUGAAAUAAAGAAGUCCUACCAGCGGUGCUCCGCUUCAGUGAAAAGAGCCCGGGAGAGCAAACAAGAAACCAGAAUGAGAAACAAUGACAGCACCAAAGCAUGGCUCCUGAAAUACAAACAACUUCUCCAUAUAGAGGACCAUGAUUUUGCAAUGAGACCUGGAUUUGGAGGGUCUCCAGUACCAGUGGGUAUAGAUGUCCAAAUUGAAAGCCUUGACAGCAUUUCGGAGGUUAACAUGGACUUUACAAUGACUUUUUAUCUCAGACAUUACUGGAAAGAUGAGAGGCUCUCCUUUCCUAGCACAACAAACAAAAGCAUGACCUUUGAUCAUAGAUUGAUCAAAAAGAUUUGGGUGCCUGACAUAUUUUUUGUCCAUUCUAAAAGAUCAUUCAUCCAUGAUACAACUGUGGAGAACAUCAUGCUACGUGUAUACCCUGAUGGAAAUGUCCUUUUCAGUCUCAGGAUAACUGUUUCAGCCAUGUGCUUUAUGGAUUUCAGCAGGUUUCCUCUUGACACUCAAAACUGUUCCCUUGAACUGGAAAGCUAUGCCUACACCGAAGAGGAUUUAAUGCUGUACUGGAAACAUGGGAACAAGUCCUUAAAUACUGAUGAACAUAUUUCCCUGUCUCAGUUCUUCGUUGAGGAGUUCAGUGCAUCCAGCGGAUUCGCUUUCUACAGCAGCACAGGUUGGUACAAUAGGCUUUUCAUCAAUUUUGUGCUAAGGAGGCAUAUCUUCUUCUUCGUGUUACAAACCUAUUUCCCAGCAAUGUUGAUGGUGAUGCUUUCAUGGGUUUCAUUUUGGAUUGACCGAAGAGCUGUUCCUGCAAGAGUUUCCCUGGGAAUCACCACAGUGCUGACCAUGUCCACCAUCAUCUCUGGCAUGAGUGCCUCCAUGCCCCAGGUGUCCUACAUCAAGGCCGUGGACGUGUACCUGUGGGUCAGCUCCCUCUUUGUGUUCCUGUCAGUCAUUGAGUAUGCAGCUGUGAACUACCUCACCACAGUGGAAGAGUGGAAACAAUUCAAGAAGACAGGGAAGAUUUCUGGAAUGUAUAAUACUGAUACAUUUCAAGCCAUGGCCUUCGACGGUUGUUACCAUGACAGCAAGACCGAAAUGGACCAGACUUCCUUUUCUCUACACUCAGAAGAGGACACCAUGCGAGGAAGAUCCACAGGUAGUCCCAGCACAGAUACAUCUCAGAUAAAAAGAAGACAAUCCUUAGGAGGGCAUAUUGGUGCAAUCAUUCUGGAAAAUAAUCAUGUCAUUGACACCUACUCAAGGAUUUUAUUUCCCACUGUGUAUAUUGCAUUUAAUUUAUUUUACUGGGGUGUAUAUGUGUGAGGAAGAAUUCCCAAUGUAUAAUACUCAUUUUGGAAUCAGAGUAGGUUAACAACAACAACAACAACAACAACAACAACAAACAACUCUUGACUAUGAGUUGGACUGUACUUGAUUCAACUGCGAGUCAGCCAGUCAGUCACCUCUCUUGGCCUAUAGAAGAUUUUAAAGUUGACUUAUUUACAUCUAGGAAAGAGUUUAAGGUCCCUGGAGAAUUUGAUUCCAUACAUAAGAGUCACAGGCAUGCAUAUUACAGAAAAAUUUCCACAGGGAUGGGCUUUGUAACUACUUUGCCUAGACCCUCCUUGCUUUCUAAAUGUAAACGUUUUGUAUUUAACUAAGCAAUAAAGUUGGACUAUGACAAUGAUUCAAGAAACAUUGAUUCUUAGUGCUAGCCAUGUGCCAUGCUACCUAACAGAGUUGAAUCCUUGUGAGGAAGAACAUCAACAUCAAGGUGGGACCAUGGACACUUACACAGCUGAGAUGUACAUGAAGAGCUUCCCCGUCCAUCUCCAAUCAAGUCUUUUAUCUUAUUUCACUAUUAAAUUUCAUAUAUUAUUGAGUCCAAGAGCAAAACAUCUAAACUUUGCUCCCAUCCUAAUGUUAAAUUAAUAUGUCAAUCUUCAGUAAUAGAAUCUUGUAUUUUACAGUUGAGUCAUAGCUUUCAUAGAUUUCGGGAGGCAUUUAGUGAAUUAGUUACUGUAUUUACCAAAUAUUAUUGACCUCCUGUAUAAGCCAGUUACUUUAUUAGGUGUUACGUAGUCAAAAAUGAAUAUAAAACGGCAUUCCUGCUAUCAGUGAGUGCACAGCCUAUCAGGAACAGUGAACUGGUAGCUUUCAUAAAUAACAAAUAUAAUAAUUACAAUAGAUGUAAAAUAGAGACUUGUACACUAUGCUGUCUGAGUUCUGAAAAGGGGAUACCAAAACAAGGAAAAGAACAUCUAUGAAGGGAUGUGGAGUCUCAGUUCAUAAAUGACUAAAGAUGCUUCCAGACAUGGUAUUGAGUGAACAGUUGAAUGAAAUUUGUAUAUCCCAUAGUAAUCCCAUAGUAACGUUGGUUGAACCAAGUAAAUCAGGUCAAGUGGGUAUUAAAUAAAUGUUUGUUAAGUAGAAAAACCUCUAACGAUUAGCAUUCAUUUUGUAGACUGGUAGUGUGCGUGCUUUUGUGUUAAGUAGUUUGUGAAAAAGAUUCCAUUUAGAGAUCAGCCCUCGGUAAGAAGUAUGAAAUAUUUUCCCUUCCUGUUUUGACUUUUGGCAUUGAAUUAAGGGAAAUAAAUUAAAUGGUGUGUUA